AUGUCAUUAACGUUACUCGUUUAUCUCCACACCUUAGGUUUCGGGAUGACCACACCAGCAACCGUGGCUGGAAAAGUAUUCCUCAUCGUUUAUGGCCUUUUUGGGUGUGCCGGGACUAUUCUUUUCUUCAACCUCUUCUUGGAGCGCAUUAUCUCUCUCCUGGCAUUUAUCAUGAAGGCGUGCCAUGAAAGACAGCUGCGAAGAAGUGGUCUCCUACCUCCCAACUUCCGAAGGGGGCCAGCUAUGUCGGGGGUGGGCAGCCUCGUGGGCUGGAAGCCGUCCGUUUACCACGUGAUGCUGAUUCUGGGAAUUUUUGCUAUCACCCUUUCCUGCUGCGCCUCUGCAAUGUACACAGCGGUGGAAGGAUGGAACUACGUUGACUCCUUGUACUAUUGCUUUGUCACCUUCAGCACCAUCGGCUUUGGAGAUUUGGUAAGCAGCCAAAACGCUGCGUACCAAAAUCAGGGAUUAUACAGAUUCGGAAACUUCAUAUUUAUAUUAAUGGGGGUAUGUUGCAUAUACUCUCUUUUUAAUGUCAUCUCAAUCGUAAUCAAGCAAGUUUUGAACUGGGUGUUGAAAAAAUUCGAAUGCAGAUGUUGCCCAAAGUGCCAUAAAUCAAGUGCCCGCCUUGGGCGUCGCAACGCCAUCACCCCAGGAGCCCGCCUACGUCGACAUAACAUCUCAAUGGACACUGAUGGACAGUACGACAGCGACACCGAGGGGAGGAGGCUCUCUGGAGAGAUGAUCUCCAUGAGGGAGCUCACGGCAUCGAAUAAAGUCUCCCUGGCCAUUUUGCAAAAGCAGUUGUCCGAGACAGCCAACGGCUACCCGAGGAACGUUUGUAUCAAUACGAGACAAAACGGUUUCUCCGCAGGGGUGGGUGCUCUAGCCAUCAUGAACAACCGCUUGGCAGAAACAAGUGAUUCUAGGUAG